AGCUUAACAAAUGGCGGCACAGUGUGUGACAAAGGUGGAGCUGACUAUUUCCUGCACCAAUCUCUUGGAUAAAGAUGUUGGUUCCAAGUCGGACCCACUGUGCGUGCUUCUCCAGAACACCAGUGGUCAGCAGUGGUAUGAGGUUGAUCGCACAGAGAGAGUUAAGAAUUCCUUGAACCCAAAGUUUGCCAAGAAAUUCCUAAUUGAUUACUAUUUUGAGCUUGUUCAGAAACUUAAAUUUGGAAUAUAUGACAUCGAUAACAAAACCUUUGAUCUGAGUGAUGAUGACUUCUUAGGAGAAUUUGAAUGUACACUGGGACAAAUAGUUUCUAGCAGGACUCUAACAAAACCAUUAGUACUCAAAAAUGGCAGACCUGCUGGAAGAGGAAGUAUUACGAUUACAGCAGAAGAAGUGAAGGACAACAGGGUAGUUGUGUUGGAAGUAGAAGCAAGGAAGCUGGACAACAAGGAUUUUUUUGGAAAGUCAGAUCCUUAUCUGGAAUUCCACAAGCAGACUGGAGAUGGAAACUGGGUGAUGGUUCACAGAACAGAGGUUAUUAAGAACAACCUGAAUCCAGUUUGGAGACCCUUUAAAAUCUCUCUCAAUUCUCUGUGUUACAGUGACAUGGAUAAGUUGAUCAAGGUUGAGUGCUAUGACUAUGAUAGUGAUGGGUCUCAUGAUCUCAUAGGAAGUUUUCAAACUACGAUGUCAAAACUGAAGGAAGCAUCCCGGUCCUCACCUGUUGAAUUUGAGUGCAUCAAUGAAAAGAAACGACAGAAGAAAAAAAACUACAAGAACUCUGGUAUUGUGAGCGUUAAGCACUGUGAGAUCAUAGUAGAGUGCACAUUCCUUGAUUACAUCAUGGGUGGGUGUCAGCUGAAUUUCACAGUGGGGAUAGAUUUUACAGGCUCCAAUGGAGACCCUCGCUCUCCAGACUCUCUGCAUUACCUCAGCCCUAAUGGAGUUAAUGAAUACCUAACAGCCAUCUGGUCUGUAGGACUGGUCAUUCAGGAUUAUGAUACAGAUAAGAUGUUUCCAGCCUUUGGAUUUGGUGCACAAAUUCCUCCUUCGUUUCAGGUGUCACAUGAGUUCCCAUUAAAUUUUAACCCAUCAAACCCAUUCUGUAAUGGAGUCCAAGGCAUUGUUGAUGCAUAUCGGGCUUGUCUUCCUCAAGUGAGGUUAUAUGGACCAACAAAUUUUUCUCCAAUUAUAAAUCAUGUGGCAAGAUUUGCUGCUGCAGCUACACAACAGCAAACAGCAUCUCAAUACUUUAUACUCCUGAUCAUAACGGAUGGUGUGAUAACAGACCUUGAUCAAACUCGAACUGCCAUAGUUAAUGCUUCAAAAUUGCCCAUGUCCAUUAUCAUUGUUGGUGUUGGAGGAGCAGACUUUGAUGCUAUGGAGUUUCUUGAUGGUGACGAUGGAGUUCUUAGGUCCUCAUCAGGAGAACCAGCUGUCAGAGACAUUGUCCAGUUUGUGCCAUUCAGGAAAUUCCUAAAUUCUCCAAAAGAAGCGCUGGCACAGUGUGUCCUGGCAGAAGUCCCUCAGCAAGUGGUGAACUACUUCAGCACCUACAAACUGCAACCUCCCAAGAAUCCUGCUGCAAAGUGAAUGGGCUGACCAGAGUUGCUGGGACUUCGUACUGGCUUUACUUGCUGAAUCUACAGCCUUUGGUUCUCGAG